AUGAACUUUGACGAUCCUUUCGCGGGCGAUUUAAAGUCCAUUGACGCUGUCAUGGCGGAAUUCUCUGCUGAGCAGCGUCGUCGGUCACAACCACCACCACCACCACCGAGCGGGGCAUCAACGCUGUCAGCGGCAACCGGCAGCUUCUCGAGCGCGUUUGUGGAGGGCCGCGCAGGCAGACGCGGCGUCGUGUCCCCUAAAGGCCUGGGGCGACAAGCACCGCCGGCGUCUGCAUUUUCGACAGUGGCAAAAGCACCAGCUUCCACGGCGGCGGUAAAAGAAGAGCCCAUGCCGUGGGAGGUAGAUGACAUCCCUCCCCCGGCCACGCGCACAAGUGCGACUGUGAUGAGCUCACGGGGUGCGUCGUUGGUGACAUUUGUGGGUGGGAGCGGCCGACACGACGCGGUUGCGGCUGCACGGAAUGACGGCGACGACGAAGAUCCGCUCGCCUUUCUUGAGAAGACGACGUCGUCAGCGGUGCUGGCUUCAGGGCGAAGCCAGUACGCAAACACUGCGGCUGCCGCGCCUCCGCAGGAGCACGUGGAGGACGCGGAGAUGAAGCGGCAGACACAGCGACGUGAUCUUCUCUCCUCGCUGGACGCUGUUGCGAUGGAGCUUGAUCACAUGCAUGGUAUGCUCGACACCCUGCAACUACGGGCGGACACCGAGUUAACGGAGCUGGAGACAAAGAUCAUCGAGAAGCAGACGGAACUCGCCUCCAGCGAGAGCCGCGUCGUCAGCGAGCGGCGCCAGUAUGACUCGUACCACCAACGACGUCUGAUGGAGAUAAGUGAGCGCACCCCCGAGCUGCUGCAACGACAGCAGGAGGAGGUGACGGCGGCGGAGAAGGAGCGCUAUGGGGCCCAGUUGCGCGCCCUCACGACAGCGGUAGAAGAUGCCAAGGUCAGAAUAGAUCGGCUGUCCCAGCAGCGUGAGUUACUGCUGCAGCAACAUAGAUAUGAUGAGCAGGGCAUCUUCCUAGCCCUGGCAGAAGAAGAGACGAGGAGUGAAAAGAAGUCCGCUGCAGAUGGGGGUGAUUCUGGCGGCAUGGAUACUGCAGCAGAGGAGAGUCACACAAUUAGUACUGAUAGCGAUAGCGGUGUUGAGGCCAAGAUGAAGGCCGCUCUCCGACUGAUUCGACGACAUCAUGAUGAGCGACUGGAGUCCCUUGCAAGCGGCGUGGUGCAGUUUCUUCACCAGGAAACCAGGGAUGUUGCCGGAGAGGUGCGUAAGGUGCACGAAUUGGCGUACUUGCAGGAUGCUGUCAGGCGCAAGGAGGAUCUCGGGGAGUUCAUGCAAGACUUCCUGCGGCGCUAUCGCGAGUUUUUCCAGCGUCGUACAGAGUUGCGAUCACGCAGCAUGGCUGCCCUGCGACAGGGAUUGCAGCAAGCUACGGAGCAACUGCGUUUGAACGCCAGGCAGCGUUUGGAGUCACGCACGCGAGAGGUGGCGGCGAAGAUGGAAGCAGCCGCACGGCGCUUCGAACAGCUUGCAUUGGAGUCUGCCGAGUGUCUGCAGCGAAAAGCCGCCGCGGUGCAUGAGAGUGACACGCUUGCGGCAAAAAGCCAGCGAGCCGACUUGGAGAACCGCUGUCAAGUGGAGCGGGCUGUCACGGAGAGGCUCCAGCAAUCUGAGGAGGAGACGCUGCAGAGGCAGCUGGAGCGAAUGCUGCGGAUGGGCAACGACGGGGCCAAAGAAGACGACAGCAAUGAGGUUUGGAAUGGCGACGGUGCGGCGCUGCAGAAGCAGGUGGCGCAGGGCAUGUGCACAGCGAGGGCGGAGUCCAUCGCCAGCAAAGUGCGCCAAUUGGAGUCGUCUGUGCAGCAACUUCUCCGCGAGCAGCUGAUGUGGAACCAGGCACACCGCGUCGAGGGAGAGGGCCACUUGUUCCUGACAGAUGAGGAGGUUUUCUUGCGUAUGGCGUUGCAGGAGAAAGAGGCCACCGUCGUGGCCUUACUGCAAGAGGUGCAAAGCCGACAGAGUGAACUAUCGGCAACGCGUCAAAGAUGUGGCGAGCUGCGGGAACACAUCGCUGCCAACCUCCAGGAGGACGUGCAGGCUGUGCGACAGCAACGCUUGGCGCGGGAGUCUCACCUUGCGAGCGUUGAACUCCUCCGCAUGGCGUGGGAGAGGGAGCAGCGGGAGCUGCUGCAGUGGGGCCAUGAGGUGAUGCUGACUCCUGCAGGUCCCACCGCUCCGCUUGCCCCCACCGCCGCACGCACACACCUCCCGACGGCCAGCACAACGACAGAAAUAAUGCAGCGACUCGCGGAGCGCAACCGGGCGAUUAUGGAGGAGCGGGCGAAAGUGCGCGCCCAGCGGCGUCGUCUCUUUCACGCGAUGGAGAAGGAAAAUGCCGACGUCUUCGCGAGGCAGCGCGAGACGGAGUCGCGUUGGAUUCAGAUGUGUGAGCAACUACUUAGCCUCGUGGUAGCGGAGGAAGCGGCGACGGCGCGGCGGGCCGCCGUGGGAACGGAGAUUGCGAAGAUGGCGGCGAUGAGGGAGCUAAUAAAUCACGACAAGGAUCUGUUUCGCGCCCGCCGCGAGGAAAUGCAGGAGGAGGUGGAGCUGCUCAAGAGGGAGCUGCAGGCGGCGCUGACGCAGAAGGCAGAACACGAUGCACUGCAACAGCAAAUUACCGCGGAGCAGACGGCGUUGGCGCAGAAGCAAUAUCAACUGGCCAUUGAGCAGAGCCGUGUAGAGACGACUGCUGCGGCUGAGGCGGAAGCGGAGGGGCAGCAGCGACGACAGCCGCCCCCAAAAGAGCCGCCGCACGCUGGCCGUCCGCUCUCUUUUGGGAAGUACUCACCGUGUCCCUCCGCCGACGUCCUCCAGGAGGUGACGGGCUGCGAUAACAUCCCUGCCCCAAAAGUAAGUCAGCAGGAGCAGCAGCCGCCGCUGGGGAUGGCGGGAAGAAGAAGCACGCUGCCCCCCAGCAUGAUGCCCCCGAACGGUGGGGGAGGCCCGAGUCGCGCUUCAUCCUCUCUGGAGGCGGCGGGGGAAACGGGCUUCUCCCCGUAA